AUGACUGCUGCUGACUUUAAGCUUGUAGGAAGUGGAAAGAACAAUGAACAGAGUUCGAAUUCCUCAUGCAUAGAUGUUAACCUUCUUCAAGGAUUCCAGUCAGCAUCAGGAAAAGUUCUUCAUAUACCAAACAAAGCUUUAGAAAAAGCUCAUAGUUUAUUACAAGAAGAAAACUUUAGUCCUAGUUCUUGUAGUAAACAGAUUAUGGUUACAAAAGAUGUAAGAAAAUUACAAGAAAACAAAGUGGAAUUGGAACUUGGUGAUGGUUUGAAUGACAUGGAGUUCUCUGAAUGGUUCGAUGAUGAGAUGGAAUCUGAAGGUAUUCUUUUUAUUAAAGAAUACUGUCAAACCAAAGUCACAAAUGUAACUGAUGAGAAAGAAAGAGGAACUUUUGACGAAGCUCAAAAUAAUGGAAAAUUUGUUGGAUUUCAAACAGCAAGUGGUAAAUGUAUGACAUUAAGUAAAGAAAGUAUUAAACAAGCUGAACAACUUUUGAUUGAUUCUAAUUCUGACAAUGUUUUAGAUUUGAAAGAAUGUCUUGACACUAGCACUGUUAAGCCUAUACUUAAAAAUCAUUUAGAAGUUAAUGUGUCCAGAAUGUGUGGUGACAAAUUAUCUGAAAAUUUACAAUCAGUAUUGCAGCAAGAAAGAAUAGAUAUGGAAGGACAAAAUGAACCGAAUCUGGGCUGUAAUGAAAACUCCAAUGCUAUAGCUUCUUCAGCUAGUUCUUGUUAUAAAGAAUCAUUAGGCAAAAAGAAUGAAUUACCUAGUGACAAAGAUGGAAAUAAUUUCUUAAAGCAUCCUUGUGAAUUUAGGCAGACUGUGCAGAAAACCAUAGAAAAAGAUCAUACUAAAAUGUCAGUUGCCGAUAGACUAAAAUUAGAAUUUGAAAAUGAGUUACAUAAUCAAGAUAAUGAAACAAAUUCUAAGAAUAUUGAAGAUGAGUUAAACGAAAUUAAAAGAUUCAAGAAAAGCAGAGAAAUACAUUUAAAGGAAGAAAAACAACAUACUAUUAACCUUGUAUCUAGGAACAAACCACCAGAGAAGCUUUGUGCAGAUGCUGCAAUGAAGCCAAAAGGCUUCCGUCCCUUUAAGCCACCAAAAAUUAGUAGAACAGCUGAUUCUGGUAAAUAUCCAGAAUCUAAAAGAAAAGAUUGGAACAAUGAAAAUGGAAAUGAUCUUACAAGUGCUGAAUCUUCUAAUCAAGAUAUUAGUAAAGGUAAAGGUAGAAAACAUGUAACAGGUAGUUCAGAUAUGAAAAGUACGGACAUGACCAUGAGAAAAAUUGGACUGCAGUAUAGUGAAACAAAAGAAAGUAUACUUGCAAACAAUAUAGAUACAGACUAUUUUAAACAUGAAAGAGAACAAAAAGUGUUCCAGAAAGAAACCAAUAGUGAAAAUGAGGCUAACUUGAAUAAUUCAAAUCUUAACACCAGUUUCAAUGAUAUAGUUUGCAUGUCAAACAGAAAUUUUGCUGAAAUGAAUACAAGUCAUGUUAUAGGAUCUAAUUGUUCAGAUCAUGCUAAAAUAGGUAAUGAUGCAACUACAGAUUUUGAUGAUUUUAGUCAAAUGUUUGAUGAUGAAAUGGAUUUUACUCAAAUGGAAGGAUCAGGGCAUGCUAAUGAUAAAAAGGAAAUUAGUUGUGUGACUUUUGCAGAAAUAAAUAAUGAAAAAGAUGUUUGUGAAACAAGUAAGAACAGUCAUGUGUUUCAUAGUGAAAUUGAUGAUAGAAAAUUGACAGGAAACAAAAAUUUUGUUGGGUUUUCUUUGGCUUCAGGUAAAAGUAUAUCUGUGUCAAAAAUUGCAUUGAAGUCAGCAGUACAAAUGAUGUCAGACUAUGAAAAGGAAAGAGAAAAUACAGAAGACACUGCAAAGGAUGUACAUCUGUUGAAUAUUGAAGGUGUCCAAAACUCUGAUUCUAAAUUGAUAGAGGCAAAAUGUGAGAUUGCUAAUGAAAAUGAACAGACUUUGUUGGAAAACAAUCAUUUAAAACCUUUGAUUGCAGAGAAUGACGUAGUCAAUGAAUGUCCAUUGUCAGAUGAAGUAAAAGAUAAUACAGAUAGACUUAUAACUCCUGAAGGAGAAAAACUAAAUGUCGGUAAUAAUGAAAUAAAAUUAAUUGACAAAGACAUUGAAAUUGUUACAUCUAAAUGUGAGGUAUCAAAACAUAAAGUUAUAUCUGUUGUUGAAACAUUGCAAGAUACAUGUGAAAUUGCAGAGGAAAAAGGCAAUACAGAUCUAUCUUCAGGUAAAACAGCAUCAUAUCAAGGAAAGGAAGUUUUGAAUAAAGAUGGUAGCAUUGACAAAGGUCUUAAGAAUGAUGAAGAGUUUGCAAAAUCUGACAGCAAACCUGAGUUUCAGAGGUUUAACACAGCUUUAGACCAAAUGGUUGAGGCUGCAGAUAAAACUCUAAGACAUACAAGAACUGUUGUAGGCAAUGAUGAGGAUAUUGUAAAUCUUGAGACGGAAAAUUAUGUACAACAAAGAAAAUUAGAUGAGAAAGAUGAGAGUGACUGUAUAACAGAAUAUCAUGCGUGCAAUAAAGUUUCCCAAAAUACCAGUGAGGCUUGUGGUGACAAUGCAAAUACUUCCUCGGCUCAUAUGAAUGAAAUUCUUAAAGUCAGAACAUUUUCUCAAACUUCAGAAACUGAUAAUCUUUGUGCAUGUGAUAACUCUACUGAGAUUGAUGGAUCUGAAAAAGCUAUUGAUUUUCAAAGAUAUAUUCAUUUUCAAACAGCAUCUGGUUUAAAAAUUAAUGGGUCAGAGAAAGCCCUGAAUUAUGCUAAAGGACAACUCCAUGAUACAGAUGAAAAAGCCAAAGUCCAAGGUGUACCAAAAUUUGAUGGUUUUAGUACAGCCUCUGGAAAUAAAGUUAUUGUGUCAGAGACGGCACUGAAUAAUGCUAAAGGACAAUUCCAUGAUACAAAUGAUGUAGUCAAAACCCAAAGUAGCCAUAAAUUUGAAGGUUUGAGCACAGCGUCUGGAAAUAAAGUUUAUGUGUCAGAAAAAGCCUUGAAUUUUGCUAGAGGUCAGUUUCAUGAUUCAAAUGAUGAAGAAAAAGCCAGUAAUGUGCCUAAAUUUGAUGGUUUUAGUACAGCAUCAGGAAAUAAAGUUCAUGUUUCUGAAAAAGCCUUGAAUCAUGCUCGAGGUCAAUUAUAUACAUGUGAAGUGGACAAAGCCCAAAAUGUGCCUAAAUUUGAUGGUUUUAGUACAGCAUCAGGAAAUAAAGUUGUGGUUUCUGAAAAAGCCUUGAAUUAUGCUAGAGGGCAAUUUCAUGAUUCGAAUGAUGAAGACAAAUUCCAAGAUGUACCAAAAUUUGAUGGUUUUAGUAAAGCGUCUGGAAAUAAAGUUCAUGUUUCAGACAAAGCUUUGAAUUUUGCUAGAGGUCAGUUUCAUGAAUCAAAUGAUGAAGACACUGACAAAAAUGUGCCUAAAUUCGAUGGUUUUAGUACAGCCUCUGGAAGUAAAGUACAUGUUUCAGAAAAAGCAUUGAAUUAUGCCAGAGAACAAUUGCAUGAUACGUGUGAAAUGGACAAAGUCCAAAAUGUACCAAAAUUGGAUGGCUUUAAUACAGCAUCAGGAAAUAAAGUUCAUGUUUCGGAAAAAGCCUUGAAUUAUGCUAAAGGUCAAUGUUGUGAUAUAAAUGAUGAAGACGAAGCCCAAAACAUGCCUAAAUUUGAUGGUUUUAGUACAGCAUCUGGAAAUAAAGUUAAUGUGUCAGAAAAAGCCUUGAAUUAUGCAAGAGGUCAAUUUCUUGAUACAAAUGAUGAAGACAAAGCUACAAAUGUGCCUAAAUUUGAUGGUUUUAGUACAGCCUCUGAAAAUAAGGUUCAUGUUUCUGAAAAAGCCUUGAAUUAUGCAAGAGGUCAAUUUCAUGAUAGAAAUGUUAAAGACAUAAAUGUGCCAAAAUUUGAUGGUUUUAGUUCAGCGUCUGGAAAUAAAAUUCAUGUGUCAGAAAAGGCAUUGAAUUAUGCAAGAGGUCAAUUGCAUGAUACAUGUGAAAUGGACAAACCUCAAAAUGUGCUUAAAUUUGAUGGUUUUAGUACAGCCUCUGGAAGUAAAGUUAAUAUUUCAGAAGAAGCCUUGAAUUAUGCAAGAAGUCAAUUUCAUGAUAAAAAUGAUGAAGACACUGACAAAAAUGUGCCUAAUUUUUGUGGCUUUAGUACAGCCUCUGGAAAUAAAGUUCUAGUUUCAGAAAAAGCCUUGCAUUAUGCUAAAGGACAAUUUCUUGAUACAAAGAAUGAUGACAAAGCCCAAAAUGUACCUAAAUUUGAUGGUUUUAGUACAGCCUCUGGAAAUAAGGUUAAUGUGUCUGGAAAAGCCUUGGAUCAUGCUAGAGGGAAAUUUCAUGAUACUGAUGAAAUAGACCAAGCCGAAAAUGUACUAAAAUUUGAUGGUUUUAGUACAGCUUCUGGAAAUAAAGUUCAUGUGUCUGAAAAAGCCUUGAAUUCUGUAAGAGGUCAAUUUCUUGAUAAAAAUGAUGAAGACAAAGCCACAAAUGUACCUAAAUUUAAUGGUUUUAGUACAGCCUCUGGAAAUAAAGUUCAUUUAUCAGAAAAAGCCUUAAAUUAUGCUAGAGGGCAAUUGCAUGAUACAGGUGAAAUGGAUGAAACCCAAGAUGUUCCAAAAUUUGAUGGUUUUAGUACGGCCUCUGGAAAUAAAGUUCAUAUAUCAGAAAAAGCCUUAAAUUAUGCUAGAGGGCAAUUGCAUGAUACAGGUGAAAUGGAUGAAACCCAAAAUGUACCUAGAUUUGACAGCUUUAGUUCAGCCUCUGGAAAUAGAGUUCACGUUUCAGAAAAAGCCUUGAAUUAUGCAAGAGGUCAAUUUCUUGAUACAAAUGAUGAAGAAAAAACAAAAAAUGUACCUAAAUUUGAUGGUUUUAGUACAGCCUCUGGAAAUAAAGUUAAUGUGUCUGAAAAAGCCUUGAAUUAUGCUAGAGGUCAAUUUCAUGAUACAUGUGAAAUGGACAAAGUCCAAAAUGUACCAAAAUUUGAUGGCUUUAGUACAGCCUCUGGGAGUAAAGUUAAUGUGUCUGAAAAAGCCUUGAAUUAUGCCAGAGGACAAUUGCAUGAUACAUGUGAAAUGGACAAAGUCCAAAAUGUACCAAAAUUUGAUGUUGAAUGUAAAAAUGGUGAAACGAAAAGCUACAUAAGGAAUGCUAAGAAUCCAGACAACAAAAAAAUGUUUGAAAAUAAUGAAAGGCAAAGUGAACUAAUAAGACUUGACUCAGAUUUAGUCCAAGGAAUCUUGAAAUCAGAAUCGACAGGAAAGGAUGACUCUGAGAUGAGUGUUAAAUGUGGGCUGGAUGAUGAUCUGGAAGAGGUGUUUGGAAUGGCAUUGAAAAGAAGAAAACUCAACUUGAACACGGAAAGGAAGGUGCUUCAAAAACUUGCAGAUGAAGGCCCUCUAGGUAGAAGAAAACCUGGUAGAAACUCAAAUGAAGUUUCAGUGGCAUCAACAGAUAAACGUCACCCUGGGUUUAGACCAUUCAAACCUGUAUUCUGUAAAAUCACAGACAGUAAAACAGACAGAAAAGAUGCAGGACCUGGUAGUGCUAAACAUGAAGGAACUACUUUUUCAAGUUCUGAUUCCAAGUCUUCAUUCCAGACACCUUACCGAAAUAAGUCAGAAAAAAACAACCUUCCUCCAAGCACUACUGAUAAAGCACACAGGUCAAUACCAAAGUCUGAUUCAGGUUUUGGCAUUGGAGCAGGGGAUGGGAAUCAUCAUGGCUCGUCUACAGUGAACACUCUUGAAAUUUCCUCGUCCGGUGACUGUCGAAAUACAAGUAUUAUGCACCCUUCUGAAAGGACAGACAAGUUAAAAGAACCUAUUCCAACAGCAGAUUUUGUUUCUAUAGCAACUACUGUAAAGGAUGAUAAGCAAAUAAUUGAACCAUGUAAAAAUGACACUGCUUUGCAAGGAAACAGUGAAUCAUGUCAGGAAAUAUCUAGUGAAGAAAAUGUUACUUGUAACACCUUAGAUGCGAAAUCGAAAAAUGUUAAAAAAUUGGAGACUGUUUUAGUGAAAAAUAGUCUAGAUUGUGAUCUCUCUGAAUCUGGACAGAAGGGGGAACAAAGUGAGUUUGAUUCAUUCAGUCAAGACGAGGAUGAUGUGUAUUAUUGUACGCUGGUGGAGGCGCGACGGCAUCAGGAGGAGAUAAUUAAGCAGAGAGCAAUUGGCCGGGUGCAUCCUGUUGCAGGAAAGUUAUGGCGAAUGAAACAAACGGAAAAUAAAAUAAAACUUACUGAUGUAAUAGAUGAGCUGAAUCAGGUGUUAGAUAGGCCUGCCAUAGUAAAAUCAGCAUAUGCAGCUAAUUACAAGUUUUCAAUGGAACUUUACUAUGGUAAAAAUACAGCUCAUGCAAAGAUUGGAGACGGGGCUUACAUUGUUCCUGACGAUGCUGGAUAUCUUGGUAAACACGAAUUUUACAGGGGGUUCCUGACCAUAGAAGGUGUAGAUGCUAAAUUGAUCAGUGAAUCAUGGGUCUUCAACCACUACAGAUGGAUUAUAUGGAAACUAGCUGCCUAUGAAAAACAUCAUCUGUCUCUGACCCCUGACAUGGUUAUGUUACAACUUAAAUAUAGAUAUGAUAGAGAAGUGGACCAAUCACAAAGGUCAUCUUUGAAGAAGAUUUAUGAAAAGGAUGAUACACCAAGCAAGAGACUGGUACUCUGUGUUGCUGCUGUGAGAAGACAUGAUUUACAAGAAACAAAAACAGACCAGACUAAAUCAGGCUUAAAUCAGGGGGUACAUCUUGAGUUAACUGAUGGUUGGUACGGUAUCCCUACACAGAUAGACGGUCCUCUAACACAACUUGUCCUACAGGGAAAGAUCUGUGUGGGACAUAAACUUUGUAUAACAGGUGCAGAUUUGAUUGGUGGCGAGGAUGCAUGCACACCCCUGGAGGCACCCUCAUCUGUAAUGUUAAAAAUCUGUAGAAACUCCACCCGGCCUGCUCCAUGGGACAGCACCCUGGGUUACCAACGGGAUCCUCGACCCCUCUGUGUGCCCCUGUCUGGGCUUGAUGGGGAUGGAGGAAUAGCUGGUGUGAUUGAUGUUGUUAUAGUGCGAAAAUAUCCAACACUGUAUAUGGAGAAGUUGAAUGGAGGAGGGUGUGUAUUUCGUACACGAAGGUGCGAGGACCGGGAGAGACAGGAGUUUGAUACACGUAAACAGCGUGAGAUGGAGAAAGUGUACAGACAGAUGGAACAAACGGCAGAAAAAGAAGAAAAAUUAGAGAGAAGAAGAAGUGGUAUGACAAAGUUUAAGCGUAGUGAUAUAGAAAAUCUACAAUGUGGGCAGGAUAUUUAUGAUGCCAUGGAAACCGCAGCCCAACCAGAUAUGAUACAGAACUACCUCAGUGACCAUCAGUUGAAUAUGCUGUAUGAAUAUAAACGUCAACAACAAGAACAGAAGCAAGCCGAUCUCAACGCUAAAUUCAGCAGAGCAUGGCAGGAAAAACUUGAGACAUUCCCAGAGAGGGUAGUUACUCCAGUUCUGAAAUUUAGAGUGGCUGGAUGUGCAAACAGGGACCUUGACCUUAAUACCAGUACAAUACUAACUGUUUGGCGACCUUCACCAGAAAUAACUGACCUUCAGGAAGGUCAUAGAUACAAAAUAUACAGUGUAAAUACAUCUGUGUCAAGGUCAAAAUAUACAGGUCAUAGCAUUCAGUUAACAGCUACCAAACAGACAAGGUUUAGGCGAAUGCAGCUUAAUGAAAAUAUACUAGACAGUAUAUAUGAACCUAGAGAGGUUUUAUGGGCAAGUGACAUAAAGAGAAGACAACCUCCAUUUGGUGAACUUGAUUUUGUUGGUGUCAUUGUUAGAAUUGCAAAAUCUUCAUUGAAUGAUAGAAUAUGUGAUAUGGUUUACCUGGCAGACUGCCAACUGGGGAUCCUAGCUGUACGGUUCUGGAAUGGCUUUAAAAAUUUUGGAGAAGAUCUGUUUAUAGUUGGACAAGUUCUGUGCUGCAGUAAUUUAAUGGAUAAGUCACCGUACAGAUACUCACAAAUACCGAUUGUAGAAGUUUCACCCGAAUUCACGCACAUCACCAACAAAUCCCAGACUGCAGCUCAGCGUAAAGCUCUGGAUAGACUGAAUGUUGCCUCAAAGGAUAAAACUUGUUUUAUGGAGAAAGCAGAUAAAGCCAUUGAAACAUUAUCAGUCGAAAAUAAAAACCAGAGUAUUCCUAAGGAAAUUUUGAAAAUAAAUGAGGACUUUAUAGUAGAUUUUCCAAGGUCAAAGCCUGCCAAACAUGAAAAAGAAACAGGAAAUUUAAAUGAUAUGGAUGAUAUAGAUUUGGGUAAUGAUAGCUUUGAAGAAGAUCUUAAAGACCAGAAGACAUAUCAUGAAGUUAGUGCAGAUGUUGAUCCGACAGCAUUACAUAAUUCGAUGAAAACCACCAACAGUGAUAAGAAAGAAUGUGAAGCAGAAGUUAAAAAUAAACUUGACAAUAAUGAACCUGACUCUGCUGUGGAGAUAACGGCAACGCCUCGAAAUGAUAGAAAACAUUUGAUAGCUCAGAGAAAAAUGGCGAGAUUAGCAUCAUACGGGUCACCUUCUGUUUUAUCUCCUCUUAGUGCAACUGUCCCUAGAUCUGUGACAAAAGGUUUUAAACCCCCAGCAUUUAAAAAGUUAUAAAUAGACUAACUUCGGAAUUAAGAAUAUCUGGGUUUUUC